CUCCAAACAAUCAAGUUAUCCUACAGCCCGCAUCUAACGACUUUUGCUUCGUUGUGACUAUAUCGUCCCAAGAGACACAGCACCUUCAUCUUCAGACUUUAACUUUCUGGUUCCGUUUUAGACAUUCGCCAUGGGAGACGUCGCCGUGGAGACUCCGGCGAACAACGUCACGCCUCACACCAAGGCAGCUCCAUUGGACACCAUCCCCAACAUAGACUCGCUGGAGGGCACCGGAAACGACGGUGGCGAUGAGUAUGCAACUUUGAAGCGCUUACAGAGACACUUGGAGUACAUUCAGCUCCAGGAGGAAUACAUCAAGGAUGAACAAAGGAGCUUGAAGCGAGAGCUUGUUCGUGCACAGGAGGAGAUUAAGCGGAUACAGAGUGUUCCCUUGGUCAUCGGCCAAUUUAUGGAAGCAAUCGAUCAGAACACCGGUAUUGUGCAGUCAUCGACCGGCUCGAAUUAUGUCGUCCGCAUCCUGUCUACCCUCGACCGCGAGAAGCUCAAGCCUUCAUCCUCGGUCGCCCUCCACCGUCACUCCAACGCCCUUGUUGAUAUCCUCCCCCCGGAGGCAGACUCCUCGAUUGCUAUGCUGGGCGAGAAUGAGAAGCCAGAUGUUACAUAUGCGGAUGUUGGUGGUCUUGAUAUGCAGAAGCAGGAGAUUAGGGAGGCGGUCGAACUGCCUCUGACGCACUUUGACCUUUACAAGCAGAUCGGUAUUGAUCCCCCUCGUGGUGUCCUUCUGUACGGUCCUCCUGGUACCGGUAAGACCAUGCUUGUCAAGGCAGUGGCGAACAGCACAACCGCCAGCUUUAUCCGUGUAAAUGGUUCCGAAUUCGUGCAGAAGUACCUCGGUGAAGGACCUCGCAUGGUCCGUGACGUUUUCAGAAUGGCCCGGGAGAACUCCCCAGCUAUCAUCUUCAUUGAUGAAAUUGAUGCCAUCGCCACCAAGCGUUUCGACGCCCAGACGGGUGCCGACCGUGAAGUUCAGCGUAUCCUUCUGGAACUUCUGAACCAGAUGGACGGUUUCGAGCAAACGAGCAACGUUAAGGUCAUCAUGGCUACCAACCGAGCGGACACUCUGGAUCCUGCCUUGUUGCGUCCCGGUCGUCUGGACCGCAAGAUUGAGUUCCCGUCCUUGCGCGACCGACGUGAGCGCCGGUUGAUCUUCACCACAAUAGCGUCCAAGAUGUCCCUCUCCCCUGAGGUCGACCUGGACUCGCUGAUUGUGCGCAACGAGCCGCUUUCGGGUGCGGUUAUCGCGGCUAUCAUGCAAGAGGCGGGUCUCCGCGCCGUUCGUAAGAACCGCUACAACAUCAUCCAGUCCGAUUUGGAGGAUGCCUAUGCUGCUCAAGUGAAGACUGGACAGGAAUCCGAUAGGUGCGUUAUUUUCCUUGCUGUAUUUCUGUUUGGCUAAUGACUAACCAACGUUAGACUCGAAUUCUACCGGUAAAUCAGGUAUACAAGAAGCGCUGGGUUUGAGUUGGCCAUGUGUUUGCAACAACAAUUAGGCUGGGUCUUAGCUGUAAUACUGUUAGGCAUAACACAUCAAGACAAUGAUUGACGUAUCUAGGGAUUUCUUGACGUAGGUUGCUUGAGCAUAUAUGAACAUUGUUAUUACAGCGAUUCGACACAGCACAUGAUUAUCA